AUGACAGAGACAGCAUCCGCCCCCGAGACGGGCGCAACCGCCAUCGCCGACCUCCCCACGGGCGAGCCGAUCCCCGCUUCCGCACCAGCAGACUCGAAGACAUCCAGACCAGCACAGACAGCAGCAUCCAGGAGGAGCCUCGCGGCGCUCCUCAAGACCCUCCCCUCCAACACAGACGCCUUCCUCGCCCACCUGCAGCGCUGCCUCGCCACGCCCUCGGGCGUCGACACCCUCCUCCUCUUCAUCUGCUACACGUCGCGCCUCACCGGCGCCGCCCUCGCCAACAUCUCGCAGUCCAUCCUCCGCCGCUCCUCGCCCCGCGAGCUCAUCGCGCUCGCCUUCACACUCCCCGACAAGACCGCCCUCGUCGUCGAGGCCGCCGGCGGGAGCCCAACCCCGAGCUCGGCCGUCGCGGCGCUCGUUGCACAGCUCGCCGGUGUGCUCGGCACAAGGCUCAAGAGCCUGGGCGGCCUCGCCUCGGAGGCGCGCACCAUCGCCCGGCUGUGGAGCCUGGUGGGCAUGUACUUCUGGGCCAAGCGGCUGGUCCUCAACCUCGUGGCGCGGAGCAGAAGCAGCAGCGACGGUUCAGAAAAGGCGGCGGCAACAACACAGGGCGGCGAGAGCAAGCUGGCCACCCUCGUCGCCUGGGCGCAGCUGCUCUCGUGCGGCGCCUUCCAGGUCCUCGAGAACGGCGCGUACCUGUCGGGCCGGGGCGUGCUGGGCUGGACGCCCGCGCAGCAGGGGCGGGCCUACGUCGUCGGCGCCCGCUUCCUCGGCUUCUACACCUCCCUCGAGCUGGGCCGCCUGCUCGCCGAGUUCGUCGCCAGGCGCGACCGGGACUACGGCGCGGCCAGCGCCGAGGAGCAGGCCGAGGUCGACGCCAUGAGGCGGAGCCUCGCCAUCAACAUGGCCUGGGCGCCCCUCGCGGUGCACUGGAGCCGGGAGAAGGGCUACCUGACCGACCUGGUGGUCGGCGCCGGCGGGUGCAUUCCCGGCGUGAUACAGAUGAGGAAACUGUGGAGGGAGACAGCAUGA